AUGUACAUACCUGUGUCGAACGAUCCGUUCAACGUAAUUCAUGUGAACCCUGUCUCUGUUGAAAGAUCAAGCGAGUCCUGGUUUGACCAUCACGGCCUUGCUCUUGGUAACGGCGUGAAGCCUGAAAGCUUGGAGUUUCCAGCAGCAAUCGGCAACCUGCAACAAUGCAAAUCCAGUGACUUGUCUAUGACUGCACAUGCUUCGGAAGUCUCCGACUGGCAGUACCUGUAUAAGAUGCCUCCCACACGCGCCCGAACGCCGCUCCACACUUUCAGUGUUGUCAGGACAAUCUCACAAGACCCAACGAUAAAUCGUCUAAUGGAAAACUAUGCCCGCAAUAUUGCCAACGUUCUGCCGGCUCUGCGGCAUUCUGACAACCCAGAUUCUACAAUCUAUUUUCCAAAAGCCAUAAAUGGUGCUUCAAAUGUUUCACCCAGCUUGUCUUCUAUGCGCUUUUCGCGACUUCGGCAUUUCAAGGGUGCUUACUCUGAAAGAGAGUCUUACUUCGAUGUCAUGGCAAGGAAUCUUCGAGCCAAGGCAUUUGCAUCACUGAGAAAAGCGUUGCCUGCGAGUUGUCAAGACAGGAAAAGCCUGCCACAACAUGAUCAGUCCGCGUCGCCGUAUCGGGAGUCGGUGCUCUCCGCAAUGCUCACAUUAGUCACGAUGGAUGUUAUGGAAGGCUCUAUGAGUGAAUACUGGAUUCACCUUGGUGGAAUUGGUAAAAUGGCGCAACACCUAUCGAGUGGAACAAAAGAUUCACGCAUCAACCUUCAACUGGUCACCAUAGCUUGUUUUCUGUCAACACUGGCAAAGACCACUGCGACUGACCUCCCCUCUCUCCCAUGGACCGGUGAGCUGGGUAGCACCUCAAACUCUCGAACCAGUGGCUAUGGUACCGGAUAUGGCUUGGAGUUCACCUACGGAAUCACUCCAGUAUUGGUAAACUAUAUAGAACGUAUCGUCACCCUCGCUCAACACUUCUCUUACUACGCCACCAAUGAUACUCCUGUGGUCCCUCCGUCUCUGAUCACUUCAUGUCUGGACCUUUCCAACGACCUUUCCGACCGGUCUAUUGAAUCCGAAUCGCUUUCAAACUUCUUCUCAGGCGAAGACUCGGAAACGAACCUUACGCUUCUGCUUGCCAAGCACCACAUCAUUGCGUUUGCUCACGCUCUUCGACUGUACUUUCAUACACGCCUCCUUCCAUGGUCUCCGGCUGACAUGGCAUUGUGCGCUGAUCGCGUGGCUAGUCACCUUGUUGAAAUUGAGAAAUUGAAAGCCGUGGCGGGCUACGACUUCAAUUCCUCUGCCACAAUCGCUUGGCCGGGGUUUGUCACUUCCUGUGAGGCCGUUAACAGUACACCACGUCAGGUCUGGCGCCGAUGGUAG